AUGUCUUCCAAGCUCCUCCUCGCCCUGGGCAGCAUCAUUUCCCUUGCGGCGUCCCUGCCCCACGCUACUCGCGAGUGCUCUCAAGCCGUGGCGCCGAACAUGAUAGCUCAUCCUCAACACUUCAACGUCUAUCAAUCCGCCACGCAACCGAACCACCCCACAGACAACGUCCCGCAUCUUGACUUGCACACCAACAUCACCCGCCAGGUUGUCAUUUUCACCGGUAUUCCGCCCUCGGCUACAACUUGCUCACUCGGCUGGCGCCAGGGGCCAAUUGAGACCCGCGUCUUCCGCGUCGACGGCAACGGCCUCGUCUCUUCGCGCCAGCUCAAGUCCGAUGGUUUCCCAACAUGGACCAAGGAAAGCGACGUGCUGAUCAACCCGACGACCAUUGCGCCAUUUCAAGAAGGCAGCAAGUUUUCGGCGGGCAUGGAUUUCACAUUCUGGGAUCAGCCUGACUUUUCCGCCCCGGCCACACACGGCGGCCCGAGUGUGAAGUGUGAGGAAAGAAUCGUCGUAGAGCUUGCGGUCAAUCUCGAUAAUGGGCAAGAUGGUCGUGUGUUCAUGCAGGAUGACGCCGAUAAUGGCCUAUACAUUUCAUACUCUUGA